CAAAUGUAAAUAUCAAGAAGUAUUUAUAAAAUGUAGUUUUUAAUAUUUGUUAAUUAUUGUUUUAAACAAAGUGUUUUUAUGAAUAAUUAGAUAAUUAUAUAAUAUAAAGAAAAAGUUCAUUAGCAAUGUCUGUGUAUAAUAUAUUAGAUGAUGAAGACUUAUCCACUGAUGAAGGCAUUGAAAAGGCUUGCCGAAAGAUAUCAUCGGCAGAGGAUCAAAUAACAAAACAGCUAGAAAACCUAUUAUCACGACAAAAUCAUAUAGAAUCUAAGUUAAUGUCAAUAAGCAAAUCUAAGGCCGGUUUGCAGUUAAUUCAUCAAGAUUCUUUAAAUUUGCAGUCUAUGAUAACACAUACAGCUACUUUAGCUGAAAAUGUUAGUGCAAAAGUUAGACGACUUGAUGAAGCUCGGAGUAGAGUAUCAGAAUGCCAGCAACGAGUUAAUGAUCUAAUUGAUUUACAAAUAUGCAGUGAAGGUGUAAAAUCAGCACUAAGAAAUGAAGAUAUGAGAAAGGAGCUGGCACACGUUCAUAGAUUUUUAUCCAUGGAUCAAAGCCUUCUGCAACAAACGGCUACAGAUGUAGCAGAAAAUACAACGAGUGUCUCAAGCGUUUAUACAUUGCAAGAAGCUGCUGUACAAAUAAGAUCGGUUUGUAUAACACUGAAAUUCAAUGAAGCUGUAAAAAAAGAUGAUUUGGCUUCUGUUGAAAGAUUUUUCAAAAUAUUUCCAUUAUUAGGAAUGCAUAAUGCAGGAUUGGAACAAUUUGCUUUAUAUUUAUGCACACAGAUUCAAGAAACUUCUCGAAAUACCCUUAAGAACAGUCUGUACAAAUCUAAUGAUUCAAGAUAUAAUAUUCUUUUUGCUGAUUGUCUCACUGUUGUCUUGGAAUCUAUAGCUCGUGUUAUUGAGACACAAUCAGUUCUUGUUGAAACAUAUUAUGGACCAGGUUUACUUAUUCAACUUUUCACAGUUGUACAAAAAGAAUGUGAUCGACAGAAUGAUAUAGAACUGGGAGUAACCGAUGAAGAUUUGCGCAAGACACAACUCAAUACUUUAAAUAAUGUUCUUAAUUCAUGUGAACUCAAUAUGUGCAUGCAAGAAUUACUACUCGGAGUGUAUUUGUUACUAGAAAGAUAUUUCAUGGAAGAAACUGUUUUGAAAGCCAUCAACUUAGAUUCUUUAGACGGGACUCAGCACUGUUCAAGCAUGAUGGAUGAUGUUUUCUUUAUUGUUAAGAAAUGUACAAGGAGGUCCAUUGCUACAUCCAGUAUCGAUGGCAUCUGUGCCAUAUUAAAUAAUGUGACUGGAUGCUUAGAAAGAGAUUAUAGUGCUGCCUUAAAAUCAACAUUGCAAAAUGGUUAUCCAUCAGGGUAUCUUGAUCUUGCAUAUAGUGCUUUGCAGACAUCUAUUCAACAAGGAAGACUUCACGGGCAAGGAGAUAGUGAGCAACUAAGAAAUAGAUUUAUAGCUCAUCUAAAUAAUGCAGACACAAGCUCAGAGUAUGUUGAUACUUUAGGAUCUACAUUAUUAAAUGACAUUUUAACAGCCUAUCCUAAUAUAUCUACGAAUGAUCGGGAAAAAGUGGAUAGUUGUUUGGCAAGUCUUUCAAAUGUUACAGCAACAUUUAAAGCAUUGGUCGAGUUUGGUAUGCAACAAUUGCGAGUCAGCGUUAUCAAACCAAGAGUUCAUCCUUGGAUUGAUGUAUUUUUAACAAAUCCACAUCACUUUACUGAAGAUGAGUUAACAGCAUAUGAAGCUGGAGAAACCUUUAUCCAAACAUUGAUUGUAAAUCUUGAUGGUUUGUUAAGUUCUUUUAAGCAUUGCUUAACAGCAAAUAAUUAUGAUUCACUUGUUGCUACAGUAACAAACGAUGUUACAACUAGAAUGGAACGUGUUAUUUUAAAAUCUACCUUUAACAGGCUUGGUGGUUUAGCUUUAGAUCGUGAAGUAAGAUCUUUAGGGCAGUAUCUGACAAGUGCUACAAGCUGGUCAGUUCGUGAUAAAAUGGCACGAUUAACACAAAUAGCAACAUUGCUUAAUUUAGAGAAAAUAACUGAAGUCAAUGAAUAUUGGGAAGAAUCAAAUGUUGCAUGGAGAAUCACCAAACCGGAAUUAGCAAAGGUGUUAAUGUUAAGAACUGAUUUCCGGUUAGACGAUAUAAAAAAGCUGAAACUAUAA